AUGGCCAGUCCACUUAAGAAAGACGACCGUGCUCGAUUCCACCUGGGAAAAGCAGACAUCAAGGGCGGAAUGGGCAAGGAUAGUAUGCUGCUCGACUACAUUUCCCUCGACAUUAUUAGCUGCAUUGCUGCUGCCCAGGGCCGCAGUGAAUACACGGUUAUCUUGGGCUUGCUUCUAGCGACAUUUUCUAACUCAGUCUACGUUGUUGUUGGCCGAAUCUUUGCCUUCGUGGAGAUGCCCAGUCCGGGCGGCGGCGUCUACUUUGUGGUUACUAUUCAAAAACGCAACUUCUUCGCAGCCUUCGCCAUUAUGAUUGUUUACAUCGUCAGUCUCUGGAUACUCCGGCCGCGUGGCGCCGUGCGCACCUGCCGCUGUCUCAACACCCUCAUGGACCUUGCAUUACUCGUACAACAGAGCCCUGUGCUACAAUGUCCCGAGUUCUGGCUGCAGGACCCCUCUGAUAUGGAGGAUCAUCUACGCGCACAGGUCACGUUGGCUGACCGCGUCUACCGUUAUGGCGUCUACAAGGGGUACAAUGAGGAUCAGUAUGUUGGUAUCGCGCCUCACUCCAUCCCAUCUGCAUGGAAACAGGCGGCAGCCAAUGCGGGCGCCGGUGUCACUUUCCCCGGCCUAUACUACUCCAUCGAGCUAGCACGCGAUAUGCUGCGGUACGGUGUUUACGACGACGCUACCCUCACGUACGCGUGGGAUAUUCUCGACAAUGGUCCUCGAACACAACCUGGCUGCGUGAGGGUGCGCUCAAAUGAAUAUCGGAGCUGGAGGAAGGGUUUCCGGAGACCAGGACGCGCUCGAGGAAACAUCCGGAGUCAUGAAGACGAGGCGAGUACUACGUCGUCCUAUUCAUCGCCUGUACCCGAUCCCGGGUCCGGAUCCUAUCAAUGA